UAUUGUUUCAAAAAAUUAAUAUUUAGUUAUAUGAAUAAUCAAUAGAGAUAAAGACGUACAUUUAGCAUCGUCAAGCAAAGGAUUCGAAGCCACGUUGUAAGUGAGACGGCAAUCAAAAUAUACCGAAGCAGCUUGGCGCCUAUACAAGUUUGGGAGCUGAUGGUUUCAUUCUUGGUCUUUAGCACUUUCACGGCCACUCCUCCACACCAGUCCUUUUAUAUCAUUUUCCAUCUGCUUUAGCAGUAGAAGAAAAAAGGAAUGGGUCUUUCGAGUCAACACCUGCUAGAUUCUUUACACACACACACACACACACACAAAGUGUUGUCUUAGUCCCUCUCCAAGAAAUCAACUACUUAGAAAUAUUUUCUUGAGAUAGCCGUGAAGAUUGGGUUGGUGAUGGAUGUUUUGGGUAAUCCCAUGUUACUCUCAGUUGCAGUUGCAAUUCUUGCAGUUUUUGUGGUCCGGAUGGUGAUAGGAUUGUCAGCCAAGAAGGAGAAGAGAAAAUACCAUCCUGUCAGGGGCACUAUAUUUCAUCUGCUGUUUAAUUUCGGACAGAUUUAUGAUUAUCUGACUAAUCUCACCCGCAAGAACUCCACUUUCAGAAUUCUCUAUCUUGACAACGUUGAAAUUUACACUUCCGAUCCUGCAAAUGUUGAGUACUUCCUCAAGACGAAUUUCGCGAACUACGGAAAGGGGUCGUUCCACCACGACAUCUUGGAAGGUCUUUUGGGGGACGGGAUCUUUACAGUCGAUGGUGAAAGGUGGAGACAUCAAAGAAAGAUGUCCAGUUACGAAUUCUCCACCAGAAAUCUCAGGGAAUUUAGCAAUGGUGUCUUCAAGACUAAUGCAGCUAAGCUUGCUCGUAUAGUGUCAGCAGCUGUGACCUCAGAUCAGGCAAUAGAAAUUCAAGAUUUGUUCAUGAAAUCUGCAUUGGAUUCAGUUUUCAAGGUUGUUCUCGGUGUUGAUCUGGACAGCAUGCGCGGAACAAAUGAGGGCUCCCAAUUUUCCAAGGCUUUCGAUGAAGCAAGUGAAAUGACCUGUUUCAGAUAUGUCGAUAUGACCUGGCCUAUCAAGAAGUUCCUUAAUAUUGGAUCAGAGGCCACAUUGAAGAAAUGCAUGAAGAUCGUGGAUGGAUUUGUUUACAAGGUCAUUCAAAGCAAGAUUGAACAGAUAAGCAAACCGAAUGAAAAUCUAACAGUGAAUAAAGGAGACAUUCUUUCGAGGUUUCUUGAAAUGAAUGAGACAGAUCCCAAGUACUUGAAGGACAUAAUACUAAGUUUUAUAAUUGCCGGGAAAGACACAACAGCCAGCACACUUUCCUGGUUUUUCUACAUGAUGUGCAAACACCCUCACAUACAAGAAAAGAUUGUCACAGAAGUGCGGGAGGCAGCAAAGCUUGGAGAAUACUCGAGUGUCGAUGAGAUAGUAGAGAGUAUUACUGAGGAAGCACUGGACAAAAUGCAGUAUCUCCAUGCCGCUCUGAGCGAAACUCUCAGACUGUAUCCGGCAGUUCCAUCGGACGGAAAAGUGUGUUUUGCUGAUGACACAUUCCCAGAUGGAUUCAGUGUGAAGAAAGGGAAUUUGGUGGCAUAUGUGCCGUACUCAAUGGGCAGGAUGAAAUCAUUAUGGGGUGAAGAUGCAGAGGAGUUCCGGCCUGACCGUUGGCUCAACGAAAACGGAGUGUUUCAGCAAGAAAGCUCCUUUAAAUUCACAGCCUUUCAGGCAGGGCCAAGAAUCUGUCUAGGAAAAGAGUUUGCUUACAGGCAGAUGAAAGUUUUUGCAUCUGUGCUGCUGAGUGCCUUCUCAUUCACAUUGGCUGAUGAAAACCGGCCGGUACAUUACCGAACCAUGCUAACACUGCAGAUCGAUGGAGGCCUCCAUCUUCGUCCUAGUUUCAGGACCAGCCACUGAACACAAUGCACAAACACUAUGUCUACUUUUUCCGUGAGCGUUGCUACUUAGCUACGCUAAGAAUGGUAAAUGUUCGGUUUCAUUAUAUCAACCUUUGGUACGUGUACAAGUUGUGAUGCAUAUCUUAAUUACAUAAUUACAGUGA